AUGGAGGCCCCGUACUCCAUGACCGCGCACUACGACGAGUUCCAGGAGGUGAAGUACGCCAGCCGGUGCGGCGCGGGCAGGGGCGGCGCGCGCGGGGCCUCGCUGCCGCCCGGCUUCCCGCGGGCCGCGGGCCGCGGCGCCGGCGGGGCCCGGGCCUCGCUGCCGCGCUGGAACCGGCGCGAGGUGUGCCUGCUGUCGGGGCUGGUGUUCGCCGCCGGCCUGUGCGCCAUCCUGGCCGCCAUGCUGGCGCUCAAGUACCUGGGCCCGGGCGCGGCGGGCGCGGGCGCGGGCGCGGGCUCGGCGGGCGGCGGCGCGUGUCCCGAGGGCUGCCCCGAGCGCAAGGCCUUCGCGCGCGCCGCGCGCUUCCUGGCCGCCAACCUGGACGCCAGCAUCGACCCGUACCAGGACUUCUACUCGUUCGCGUGCGGCGGCUGGCUGCGGCGCCACGCCAUCCCCGACGACAAGCUGACGUACGGCACCAUCGCGGCCAUCGGCGAGCAGAACGAGGAGCGGCUGCGGCGCCUGCUGGCGCGGCCGGCCGGGGGCCCCGGCGGCGCGGCGCAGCGCAAGGUGCGCGCCUUCUUCCGCUCGUGCCUCGACAUGCGCGAGAUCGAGCGGCUCGGGCCGCGGCCCAUGCUCGAGGUCAUCGCCGACUGCGGGGGCUGGGACCUGGGCGGCGCGGGCCCGGCGGCGGCGGCGGCGGCGGGCGAGCGGCCGGGGUCCGAGCGGCCCGGGGCGGCGGCGGCGGCGCGCUGGGACCUCAACCGGCUGCUCUACAAGGCGCAGGGCGUGUACAGCGCGGCCGCGCUCUUCUCGCUCACCAUCAGCCUGGACGACAGGAACUCCUCGCGCUACGUCAUCCGCAUUGACCAGGAUGGGCUCACCCUGCCCGAGAGGACCCUGUACCUAGCUCAGGAUGAGGAGAGCGAGAAGAUCCUGGCGGCCUACAGGGUGUUCAUGGAGCGUCUGCUGAGACUUCUGGGAGCCGAGGCUGUGGAGCAGAAGACCCAGGAGAUCCUGCAGCUGGAGCAGAGGCUGGCCAACAUCACCGUGUCAGAGUAUGAUGACCUGCAUCGCGAUGUCAGCUCCAUGUACAACAAGGUGACACUGGCCCAGCUGCAGAAGAUCACCCCCCAUCUGCGCUGGAAGUGGCUGCUUGACCAGAUCUUCCAGGAGGACUUCUCAGAGGAGGAGGAGGUGGUGCUGCUGGCCACAGACUACAUGCAGCAGGUGUCCCAGCUGAUCCACUCCACGCCCCGCAGAUCCUCUGAAAAGCCAUACAUGGGGUGGAGUGGUUGUCCAAGCUCUCAGCUUUACCGGGGAGGUCUAGAGGAGGUUCCUGAGGACCCUGAGUAUGGUGGCCACAGUCCUUAG